CUUUUCCUCACUUUAUACGUCUUGUCAUUAGAUCAUCGUUUGCCAAUACUUCAAUGGACCAAAUCCGUACCUCGGACCACGAAAACAACAACCCGUUUUCCAAAUAAGAACAACCCUUUCCUCCCACAAUGACGGCUAUCACUUGUAAUACGGCCCUUUGGCGCAUGUAAAAACUGUGCAGACCAUCGUCCCUCCGUUUGCCGGAGAAUUGCAACCGGGCCUGUAUCGACCACCAACAGACUGUAAGAUCGCUAACCCGGUGCCGCUCGGCCUCGAGGCUUUCGCCCUGUCGAAUUUUGUAGCUGGAUUGAUGAAUCUCCAAGCUCGCGGGAUCACGGAGCCUAAUCUCGUCAUUGGGGCUGCCUUUGCAUACGGCGAUCUUGUCCAUCUAUGCGCUGGGAUGUGGGAUAUGGCGGCUAGAAAUACAUUUGGCGCCACUACUCUAUCCUCUUAUGGGGGAUUUUGGAUCGCCUUUGCCUUUAUUUUCACGCCAAGUGGAUUCGGAAUCUAGUCUUAGCUGGUGGAAGCUGAUAACGGGUCGAUGAAUAUGUACUAUAACUUAGUUGGGUUAUUUUUCAUGGGCUGGCUCAUGAAUAUUCACAUUCCUCCUCGCGCUAUGCACCGUCAAAUCCACCGCCGUAUUAUUCAGCCUCUUUGUGGCCGUAGGUUUCGCCUUCUAGCUGAUUGGCAUUGGCUAUCUCAGCCGUGAUGCCAUGAAUGCGCCUAAUACUCCCGUACUCAAAACGGCAGGUGUGUUUCAACUCAUUGCCAUGUUUCCGGCGUGGUAGGUGAUACUGGCUGGUAGUAUGGAUUGCUCGAAUAGUUUCUUCGUGGUUCCGGUUUUCUAUUUCCCU